UUUUUCUCUGUCUUUUUCUUUUCUUUUGCCCCCCAUAGAAUUAAAAACUGUUAGGAGAGAAGCUGUAGGCAGCAUGGAAAUAUUGCAGCAGCACUUUUACUGCAGGACGACUCUGCACCUUCUUGUCUCCUUUCUGCUUCUGUUGUUUGCGCUGAAAGCUCUGGUUCAUCUAUGGUGGAGACCCAGAAGAAUUGAGAAGCACUUCGCGAAGCAGGGAAUCAAGGGACCGCCCUACCAUUUCUUUGUAGGGAACAUGAAGGAGCUUGUGGGGUUGAUGCUGAAGGCCUCCUCUCAGCCCAUGCCUCUCUUCUCCCACAACAUUCUCCCCAGAGCUCUCUCCUUCUACCACCACUGGAAGAAAAUCUAUGGUGCUAACUUUCUUAUAUGGUUUGGACCGACUCCUCGGCUGACGGUGGCAGAUCCAGUCCUGAUUCGAGAAAUCUUCACUUCUGAGUAUUAUGAAAAGUAUGAAGCGCACCCACUGGUGAGGAAGCUUGAAGGUGACGGCUUGAUAAAUCUCAAAGGGGAAAAAUGGGCUUAUCACAGAAAGAUCAUCUCUCCAACAUUUCACAUGGAAAACCUCAAUUUAAUGAUACCGGUGAUGGCCAGAAGCGUGAACGAAAUGCUGGGGAAGUGGUCGGCAAUGGCGGAUUCCGGCAAGCCGGAAAUCGAUGUUUCCGACUCUUUCCAGACUUUGACCGAAGAAGUGGUCACGCGAACUGCUUUCGGAAGCAGCUACGAAGACGGGAGGGCGAUUUUCAGAUUACAAGCACAGCAAAUGGUUUUCGCCACCGAGUCCUUCCAAAAAGUCUUCAUCCCUGGUUACAGAUAUUUGCCAACAAAGAAGAACCGGAGGUCUUGGAAAUUGGACAAAGAAAUACGGAAGUCAUUGGUGGAGCUGAUAGACAGGAGGAGGGAGAUCAGUUCAGGGAAAGGGGAGAGUGACGUGGCGGAAGCGUGGCCGAAGGAUUUGUUGGAGCUGAUGAUAAGAGCAAAUCUGAGAGAGACGGAGAAUAAGGGAACGGAGGCGGAGAAGGCAUCGUCCAUGAUUUCCGUCAACGACAUUGUGGAGGAGUGCAAGGGAUUUUUCUUCGCCGGCAAACAUACGACGUCGAAUUUGCUGACGUGGGCGACCAUUCUCCUCGCGAUGCAUCCUCACUGGCAGCAUUUGGCACGUGACGAAGUCCUGCGAGUGUGUGGGACACGUGAUCUCCCAACUAAAGAUGAUGUGGCCAAGCUCCGAACGCUGGGUAUGAUCCUGAAUGAGUCACUUCGAUUAUACCCUCCUGCCGUCGCAACAAUCAGACGGCCCAAAGUCGAUGUGCAACUGGGAGGAUGCAAGAUCCCUCAAGGGACCGAGCUGCUCAUACCAAUCCUGGCCAUACAUCACGACACAACACUUUGGGGCCAAGAUGCAAAUGAGUUCAACCCGACCCGAUUUGCCCAAGGCGUGGGUCGAGCUGCAAAGCAUCCAACCGCAUUCUUGCCAUUCGGGCUUGGGGCCCGUAGAUGCAUCGGGCAGAACCUCGCGAUUUUGCAGGCAAAGUUAGCAAUGGCCAUGAUUUUGCGGCGCUUCUCCUUCGAUCUCGCACCAAGCUAUCAACACGCACCAACAGUCCUAAUGCUCCUUCAGCCACAAUACGGCGCACCCAUCAUCCUUCGCAAACUCUCGGACCCCACCAGGCCCCAAGAUCAAGGGUCAUGAGUUCGGCAUUGCAGCAACGUACCCAUCUCUUCCAUGUGCAUUGAUGUACGCAAUAUUUCUUCGUCUUUGUAAAAAAAUAGCUGUGCCCUUAGUCCUUCCUUCAAUUUUCCAAUACAAAGUGUAAAAAUAGGCAGACCACUGUUCGCUUUGUUAGCACCUCAACCCCUCACCCAUUUUCCUUGUGUUUGUUUUUACUUCUUUUAAUCCUCUCUCAAGAUUUUUUAUUUUGCGUUUUAUGUAAAUACAGGUAGUUCUUGGUUAUAAAAUUUUUUAAUAUUCUACAUUUAUU